GCCUAAAGCAACACCAAUCACCUUUCCUUCACCACCAUCUCUAAGCCGCCUCUCAGUUUACAGCCUCCUCGAGUGAUUAACAUUUCCCUGAAAAUCGUGAAUAAACGAGAUGAUCACCAUCAGUUUCAACAAUGGCAAGGAGAGCAAGUAAAAAUUGGGCAGACGAGGAGAUCAAAGGCUUGUUGUCCAUUUGGAAAGAUAGGUCCAUCCAGGAUCAACUGGCCGGGGCAGUGAGGAAUAAAGAUGUGUUCGUGAGGAUCUCCAACAGCCUUAACGCCUUAGGGGUCAACCGGGACUGGAAGCAAUGCCGAGCUAAGGUGAAGAACCUUAAAUACGAAUACAGGACCAUGGUUAAUCAGAGGAAAUCCGGCAGGAGGUGCAAAUCUAUGCGCUUCUACAAUGAAAUUGACGCGGUGCUGGGUUGCCGACCUCUCCAGGCCAAAGGGCCACAGGACAGAUCAUCCCUCAAUGUGACGAUCAAACAAGAAGAAGAGGAGAAAUUGGAAAACGGCCCACCCCAGGCAUCUUCAGCCUCUGAAAACGUCACAGCAUGCUAUGUCCAACCAGCUGUUGCCAUCAGCAGAGAUGAGGAAGAAGAUAAAGUUCUGCCUGAACCACAGUCUGGAGCAGGCAGUGUUACAGCAGAAACAGAAGGCCCUGUGGAAGAAGAGAUGAUUAGCACAGCCUCGGAGGCUCCUGCUGCAACAAGCAGAAAAAGGACUGAAGCUGAACAUGAGUGCUCAGUGCCAAAGAAGAGAAUGAAGCUGAAGAAAGGAACCAUGUUUCAGAGACACAUUGGCACCAUUAUCAACACCUUCAUGGACUAUCAGAGGAAAGCUGAAGAAAGGUUCUACAAAUGGGAGGAAGAGAGGCGGAGAGAGGAGCGUGAGCAUGAGCUGCGGAUUAUCCAGUUAUUGCUUGAUCAUUCCAGAUCCUCAAUGAUUCAAACACCUCAGACACCAGAUUAUCUGAGAUCAUUGCACAGCCAGAACACCCACAUGUUCACACCUCCUCCCUCAAACAAUUAAUAUUUAGGAUCUUUUUAAUUGUUUAAAUUACUUGCUGUCGAUGGUGCUCUCUUGUGACAUCCUAUGUUAGCCAGGAGCAGUUAAAUUGCCGUUUCCCAGAUUUACCCCCACCCACAUUGGCAGCUCCUACAGGAAGUGGAUGAAUGGUGAGUGGGUUAAUAGAAAGAAAAGCUCCCCGGUGAUUCAGUUGCAUUAUUCACUACCAGAAACAAACCAAGUAGGUCCCAGUUUCCAUCCACAGGCAGUGCUGAGUUCGCUGACCUCAGUAUAGGGGUGUUAUAAUUGAUCUUUCCAGGCUUGGCUAGGGUUCCCUUUCUGAAUCAUUAUCAUGCCUAACUAUAUGUGUGUAUACAUAUGUGUGUUGGACAAGGACAAGAUUGGGCUUGGAUGUAAUGUCCCUCUCCCCAGAGUUAAAAAGCCUGUUGCCUUUUGUUGCUUAGCUUCACUUUCCUCAGUACCAGAAGCUACAAGCACCAUGGAGCUGUAUCCCAGCAAAUCCAGAGAGGAGGAAAUAUUAAUUGUAAGAAAACAAACAAUGGAAAGGAAGGUUGACAGCAUCUGAAAGAGAAAGGUUUGGGAUGCAUUUUGGGUGGGACUGUUCCUCGGGAUAUGCUCCUAUGAUGAAAAAUCUCACUUCUUUGAUGCCGAUUGACUGUCUAUACACUUCCACCAUUUCCUGUUUUUCUUUAUAAAAGUUCAUGUUUACCUGCUGCUCAGGUUGGUGACACUGUGGUUUUAAAAAGUCUUGGAGAAUCAGGACAGUAUCCAGAACUGCAAAGGGUGAUGAGUGACACUUAACGUGACAGGAAUAAUUGGAUUCAUUGUAUAAACUACCCACCUUUUAUUUUGCUCUAUGAAAUUUGUUUUCUCACUGGGAAACAAUAUCUUCAGAUCGGAUACAACAAACCCCUAUAUCUCAAUGAUUAAAUACACCACAUGGUGUGGUACUCUUCAGAAAUGGUGAGGGUUCUAGGUGUUCCAAUUUUGAUUUCCUGGUUGUACUGGGUACAACUAAUUUACAUGUGGCAGUUAGGGGAACUGUUAACCUCAGUUUCAAUGGGUUAGGGAAAAAAAUCAUUCCAGGCUUGUUCAUUUUUUACUAUCCAGUGACCUCUGCUGGAAAGUAUUUAUGUGUCAGGUGAGAACAGGAUCAGGUUUAACUUCGAUGGUGUGUGUCACAGUUGAAUCACCUGCCCGUACAUAUUUGUACGGUCUGUUGGAUGAGGUACUAUACUGGCACCAUAGAACCAUUCUCCAACAAGAGUCAGAGGAGGGAGGAAAACUGAAUGAGAAAAAAGGGCGUUCAGGAAUAUUAAUUUUCUUUAAUGGAUCAAAUGAAAUAGUUCACUGUAUCAUAAUCACAACACUUAACCUAAUCUCCAAACACUGGUAAUGGAUGAAAAGUGUCAUGAUCAGUCAUGAGUGGGUGAAGCUCUCUUCAUUCCUAUUUUAGGAUAAAGCAAUUGGUUUUACUUGGACACAUUCCCUUAUGUUAGGAAGACCAUUAUGUUUUGAGGAAACAACUUCUAAAGUCUGAUAAAAGAACAUGUAAAUUAAAGGACACUGUACUGAAAUCUUGUAUUAUGACACAUUAUGAUACAGUAACUAUCCUGAUAAUGCAAUGCAAGAUCCAACCUUGGAAUAUUAUAUACAUCAUUUGAUGCUGUAUAAGUGAGAUCUUUCAUCAGAAAGCUCGUAGCACUCUUUUUCCUGUCACUCAAGUAAACAGCAAAAUCAGCAGUUUUAUGUUUCACUGAAAAAUGAAUCAAAGGUUUAUGUUACGUGUAAGCUGAUUCAUGAUUUCUGGCUGAUAGAUUUGUUCAGUCAAUUUACUUUUUAUUAUAAUCACUUUCCUUUUUUUACACAGCACUGAUUUGCUUAAAUAUAUUUAAAUUAUAAUAUUAAUCCUCCCAUUUAUUGAAUCAAAGUGUCUCGUAGUGCUGUGCACAAUGAAAAUAGUGAGAUUUAGGAAAAUGUAGGAAAAACACUAGAGCACUCUGUAUCCCACCAAUAGCAGGAAAAUGAAUGGGAUUAUUCAAUUUUUUGAAGUAUUAAAUGAGGGAAGAAUGUUGGCCAGAACACCAAGUAGAAUUUUCUGCUCGUCUGAACCACUGGACAGACAGACAGGUUCUUGUAUUCACAUCUCAUGCAAAAGACAGCACCUCCAAUAAUGCAGCAUCAGAUUGUUUGCAUAGAGUGGGGUUGAAUUCAUAAGUUUCUGACCCAGAGAUGAGGGUGCCAGAAACUGUGUCAAGCCUCCUUAAUUAAUCCAUGCACGUUUGUUUGAUGCAACAGUACUCAUAAGAUGGCGUCCUCAGUAAAAUUGCUGCUCGUAUCCCUGCUUUACAAUUCAUAGUUCAGUAGCUCUAGAAAGUUACCUGAGCAGAGGUUCAGAGACAGAGAAUGUUUUAAUAAAGGAAAAUAAAAACAUGGAAUUAUUUUAUGGCUGGUUGGUAGAGUGGUCCUUGAGCAAGUUGUUGAAGACAUUUUAAGAUUUAUGCAUGACUCUUUAAUCUUCAACUAGUCUCAUAUACCAGAUUUAUUUAAAUCUAGAAGAAUAGCCAUAAUCAGAGAAAUAAAAGUGAUCCAUUAAUAAAGGACCCAAACUUUAAGAUUACUAACACAUCGAUUUUGGUUGUAUUGUCCACUACCCAGGAUAUGGGGCAUCUCCAGUAUGCUGCAUAAUUUGGCUGUCCCUCUGGACAUUCAAUUUCAUCCCACUGGAGAACAGAUCCAUGUCCUCCUAUGGAUUAGGAGGAACAAGAACAAUCUACAUCAAAAACUGAUUCUCAGAUGUUGCCAAAUAAUGUCUGUAUCUGGGUGGUCCUGGAGAAAGAGCAUGUGGUUUCCACCAGCAUGUAUGGGGCUUCCCUGUCCAGUGGAUACUGCAAAGAAUGGAAUAUCUGGUAGACAUAAAUAACAACAUUGUGAUUUAGGUGUUUUUUUCUUUUUAUAUUAGAUUUUAUGUUUCAAUCAUUAUAUCAGUUGUGCUUAUGAACAGCCAUUUGUAAAUUUGUUUUGCAGUUAAUACCCUUAUAUGUCAAUUAAAAAUGGCUCUUCUAAUAUAAUAAACCUUGUUAAACAUU